AUACUUGUUGCAGGAUACUAUAUCUUUAUACGAUUAUUCGUGUGAUCGUUUUGCUGUGUCUUGUGUCCUAGAACUCGCUAUGACUUGUGAUAGCGUUACCUGGCGGUGCAGCCUUCUACUUUGUGCAGUUUUGACUUCAGCGUUUGGAGCUGACGUCGUCCUAACGCCGACCAAUAGGACGGCAACUCAAGUUGCUCUCAUCAUAAUUCAGGGAGCUGGCAUCUCAGCAGAGCAGUAUAAACCUCUUGCCGCCACUAUCCAAUCUGCUUCAUCUUUCUCGCUCUGGGUUGGAAUUCCAGAUUUUCCAUUGAAUUUUGUGAAUCCCUUGGAAAUAGAUGGAGGUGUUCAACGCGUUAUAGCAGCACUGAAGAGCAAGGGAAUGAAUACAUCGUUACUGUUCUUUGCUGGUCAUUCGAGUGGUGGCAUCAUCGUUCAAGACUACGUCAACAGGUCUGCAUCUGGUCUCAUACUAAUGGGCUCUUUCUUGCUGAGAAAGUAUGAUAAUGGUUCAUUUGUCGUGCCGACUUUAACAGUUAGUGGUGAACUGGAUGGCUUGUGUCGAGUGACUCGUUCUAUGGAGUCAUACUAUCGUUGGAUUUUAGGUGCCAAUGCUACGAACAUGUCUAUAACGGAUUAUCCUGUAGUAGUUGUCCCUGGAAUGAAUCAUUUCCAGUUUGCUUCUGGCACUAAUGUACCGCCUCUUGUCAAGGAGCGUGAUCUGAAGUCUGAGAUAUCUUUGGACGUGGCUCAUAGCACCGUUGCAGCACUUGUAACUUCAUUUAUAGAAACACACCUUAGAAACGAGUCAGCUCGCCUAUAUCUUGAAAAAUCUGUCGAAGCUACUGGAAAGUUUAUUCAACCACUGCUAGAUGCAUAUCUACUGGAAGGAUUUUAUCACUUUGUUCAUCCUUGUUAUGAUGAGAAACCCAGUCGCAACUGUACUGUUGGGUGUGGGUGGACUGGAGUUGCUCAACAGAUCAUGGGUGGUGACCGUGCUCGUAUUUUUGCUGUUGAUGCUUUCCAUCCUGUAGAUCAGAUCAAUCCGAUUCAUCUUCCACAUAUUCAUAACAACUGUUCUUUGAACCAAAAAGACUGUGUACUGAACAUCACAACAGUGAGUCAGAAUACGUACAACUUAUUAGAUAGUUUAGACACCGCUUUCUUUGAAACGUCGGCUAAUCAGAUUGAAGCAAAACUGAAAUCACGUCAGUCGGUCAUGGAAGCCAUUGGGUACACCAAUGUUGACUUCAAUACAACUGAUGGUAGUUCGCUGUGUAAGCUGAUCAAUCAGGCAGCAUAUGAUUGGGCUCUCAAUGCAACAAAUCCAAAAACAAUUGCUCGAUUUGACAAGUUUGGAGUCCCAAUGGUAAUGGGGGAAGAUUUAGGACCAUAUAAUAUUGGACCUCUGUGGAUAUGGAACCCUUUGAAGUUUGAAAAUACAGAGAAUUCAUCCGGAGAGAAAAUUCUUCUUGUUCGGUCGGUAAUGCUGAGAACUCCAACGCAGUAUUUUAUUCCUUUGUCUGCUGGAUUUCAUUACUGCAAGUUGUUGUCACCUGCAAGAGCAAUAGAGUGGAUCUAUGUCGACGGUCUUCGUGCACGUUAUCAGUAGCCUGUU